CAUAUUUCUAUAAAUAAAUAAAUAUUCAGCUCGAAGCCCAAUGUAUCUGGUUCCAGCUUCCACUGAUGUUCCCCCAAGGACAAGCACUCCUCCGCUCUCCGCGGUGGAACGUUAAUCCGCUCAUAUGGACGUCCCUGCCUCCUGAAUCGCAUGAUGACGAUGAUUCGCCCAAGGCAUCCCUCAUUCGAAACAAAAACAAUUGCUCCUGUCGGCCUUGGAUUUUGUUCUCUCAAGAAUUCGGUGACUGGACAUCCAGCACAGACCUUUUCAUCACGAGGGUGUUGAAGUGCGAUUAUCAUGGGCUUCUUAACGUAACAACUUCCCGUGGCAUCCACGAGCCUACUUCAACUAGCCGCGCAUGUUCUGUAUUCUAUUAAUCUACCUGCACCUGUCCUCCCAAUUAUCCAGUGCAUGUCAGGAGUAGAAGACGACAUCGGCAGGAUCGACAUCACUUAAAUAAAUCUCAGAAUGGCUCCGGAUCUCAACUCCGUCCCUCCAUCUCCUCGUUCUCCAACGAGUCCUUCCGCUGCUCAAACCCCGCAACCAUCCACCUCGUCCUCGCGCCGAACAUCUCAAAUCUACCCCAUGAAUCCUCCUCCGCUGCCACUGGCCACGCCUGGAGGCGGUUUGCCCACCAACACCCACCCAUUUCCGCCGCUGAGCCCAGUCUCCAGCAGCCACAACCAUGAGUCCGGGAGCGGCGUCCCUAUGAGACAUCCUCGACCCCUCACCGCCGCAGAGCUGCAUUCGGAGCUGGAGAAAGAGCAGGAAGCAGUGGUCAACCGCUUAACCCGUGAACUCGCGGCUCUUCGAGCACAUUCCGCGUCAGUGGCCUCCACUACUUCUUCCACCUCCACUGCCCCCGUUCUUCUCGAUCCUUCCGACCCAUCCACGACCACUACGAGCGUCUCCCUGGCGGGACCUACGCAUCCGACCGCAUCACGAAGGCACCGCAGCUCCAGCAGCGUAUCCCGAGGAAGCGUCACCACAGCACAUAUAGGGAUACCUCUGACGAGCGCAACUGCGAGCAUACCGCACCAUCACCGACCCUCCGCCGGAACGGUACAACUGGAGCAGGCAGGCGCACCCUAUGGGACUUCCUUACGAUCGAAUAGCAUAGGCCUGACGUCACCACGAUAUGAGGAGACGGCUAUGUAUAGGCAUGAGUUGGAGGAAGCGAAGAAAGAGAAUGAAGCGCUACGACAGAAAGUCCGAGAACUGGAAGUUUUGCUACGGCAGAGACGGAGCUCUUCGGCUUCGAGUGCGAGGGGGACAUAGAGCUGGGCUUUAUACUUCGUCUUUCGUUCAGGGUUCUCCUUCGUUUGAGAAGUUAUAUGGCGUUUAGGACUGGGGUAUUGGGGUCAAGAUUUUGCUUUUGAUAUAGUGACAAGAAGGAUGCUAUUGCCAAAUGGCUCCUGCCUCAGUACUGGUGGCAUGGGAUGGAAAUUCUUAGGCCCUGUGAGUGGUCGCUGAAAGCCUGAUGGUGAGGCUUCAGUUAAGAAUGAAAGAUUUCAGGUCGGCCUUUUCGCGUCUUCGUGACAGUAGGGUAUGAAAAUUCCUGAUACCCUGAACCGUGCUGAUUGUUCCGUAGAAAAUCAUGUUUAGAGCUCAACGGUACUUAUACAGAGAUUGAGUGGCACCUUGCCGUCUAGGCUUGUUGGAAAC